AUGGGUUGUCAUUAAUCCAAGAAAGUUCUCAAAGAAUCCUCUAUGUAAAUUAAAGAGGAAGUUGCCUAAUAAUAUGAUCCAAACAGUAUGAUAUAAAUAUUAUGUUAGAAAAAGAGACACAAUAUUUAGUUAUUGUAAAUGGAAUACUUUUUGAUGCCCUUAAUCCUGAUGAGUGA